AGUGCCCUUUGGCUCUGGGAGCGACAAGUCAACACAUUUACUCUCCUAUAUAAAUGGGUUGGGUGAGCGGUGCGUCAUACUCUGUUUUCUUCAUCACAGUCAUUUCUGGGGAGGAAUACAAUAGGAGGGACACUAUGGAUAAGCUGCUUGUCAUUACUGUGCUUGUUGCACUCCUUGCUCUCAGUGCUGAAACCUUCCGUAUUCCGAGGCAGGCCGAGGAGGAGCAGGGGAAUCUGACCAAGAUUAGGUCCUUAUAUGAUAGUACUCUCAGCUCUGCCACUGACUACAUGAACAGCAUCAGGGGCCUGAAGCUGGAGGAGAAGGCAAUGAAUCUUUACGCUGAUACUUCAAAAGCUAUAAAAACCUACGCUGGCAUAUUUCAUGACCAGCUUUACCACAUUUUUUACAACCAGCAAUAAACAAAAACGGAUUUUUUGUGACGAGAGUGACCUUUUGACGGUGUAAAAAACUUUAAAGCUCCAUCCAAAAGGCUAAAACGCCAUUUGACAUUCUGAACUUUGACGCAUCUCACCUCACCCAAGCAUCAAAACCUCAAACAGCAUCUUUAGAAAUAACGUGCUCUUUGCGGUACUUUCUCGGGCCACUAUACUGGUGUUAAAUGAUGACAUCCAGCCAGUGAGGACAGUAAUCAUUUGAAAAAACACCGACCAGCUUGCACAGAGGAAACUGGACAGAACAACUUCGCAAGCACAAGAAAAAGGAGCACAUGGUGUCUUCUCAUGAACCAACAAAUUUCUCCAUGGGUCUCAGAAUAACAAAAUAACAGAGCAAGAAAAAAAUGCAGAUAAUGUAAUGAUCUAUUGCCACCUACUGGUGUUUUUGUUUCCUCAAAGUUAAAUC